AUGAACCCCUUGCUUCCAGCGAUGAGGACGAAUACGACUUUGGGGGAGGUGGAGGAGGUAUCGGCAAUUCGUGAUCCGCAGAAAAGAACUCUCUUUUCACCAAGGGACUUAAGUUACCAUAUCCAACAGAGUGACGCUGCAAAAUAUUUGUCAAAAAGCCGCCUGGGGGAGAGUGAUGCUUCGGAGAAUGAAAAUUCACCGAAGAGACGAAAGAGAACCCCAACUCCUAGGAAGAACCAGUCGAACACAUCUAAGAAGCCAGCGGCUACACGCAAUAUUAGGAGACCUACAACUCACCCUUACCAAAAAGAUAAGGAAGAGGAAGGUAUAUUCAAGGCAUUCUCAAAGCAAAGUCGAAGACAAAAGCAAUACUCAACAAAGACGUCUCAUAACAUUCAUGCUCCAACACCCCUGAAACACCGGGCGGCGCGCGAGUGUGAAAGGGAACCUUCGAGCGGUUCUGACGCUAGUCCUAAAAGCUCGCAUAAAUCCCAAGCUGACAAAGGGCCCCAGUUCAAGGACCCAGCCUCCUUCAUGCAAACUCACGCAUCUAUUCCAGCUAGCUCUUGCCGUGAAAAUGACCCUGAUAUUCUGGACGUUAGUGAUGGGUUUGAAGCCGUGUCACCGCUAAGCUCCGUAUCUUCGUCGUUUUCUGUGCAUAUACCCCCAGAGCUCCAGGAGGAGAUUGACCGUCGCUCUGCGCCAGUUACAGUGUGUCCUGUGUGCGAGAUACCAGUGGACAUGGAACUGUUCAAGUCUUUCAAAUCAAUGGAAAAAAUGGGCCAGCAAUCCCGGUUCUGCUUAUUACACAGGAGGAAAUCUGCAGAGCAGCAGUGGAAAGAAAGACGUUAUCCAACUAUAGAGUGGGACUCGUUACAGACACGCAUUGAAGGCCAUUUUGCAGAAUUGGAAAGAAUAUUGUUACCCGACAAAAAGAUGACUACCGGGUACUAUGGGGCACGAGGCGCAAAGAAUAUGAUGGAAGUCAUUAUUUCCCGCUUUGCUCCGCGAGUACGGGAAUUGGCUUUAUCAGACCCGCUGGUACAGGCAGUUGGAGUUUCCGGCUAUGUUCAGGCAGUGCUUGUUCCAGAGCUGACAACAAUUCUUGUCAAGGAAGACAUGGAUGUUGACGAUGAGGAAGCCAGACGCAUCAUGCAGGAUAGCAUGGAGAUUGGUGACCUUUUGAACCAGCAACUUGACGAUACUGUGGAAUUGCGGAACGAAAUCUUGGACACCUAG